AAGCUAAACCCUUCUAUCUCUUUCUAUCUUUCUCUAUAUAUAUAUCCACAAACUUCAUUAUACCAAUAUAACAAAAAACAACACUUCUAUAUUAAAAAAAACGUGUUAAUUACCAAUAAUAAUAAUGGGGGGUGCCAAAACGACGUCGUUGACAACGAAAGUGAAGAACAAAACGUUGAGCGGAGUGGGAAACCUGAUAAAACUCCUCCCAACCGGAACAGUGUUCCUAUUCCAAUUCCUCAACCCAGUUCUCACCAACAACGGCUCUUGCUCCGCCGUUAACAAGUCCUUUGACGCCGUCCUCAUCGUUCUCUGCGCCUUCUCUUGUUGCUUUGCUUGUUUCACCGAUAGUUACGUCGAUUCCGACGGUAACAUCCAUUACGGCGUUGUCACUGUCUCAGGAAUCUGGCCCAGUACUACCGACUCUGCCCCCGCCGCCGACUUGUCUAAGUACAAGCUGAGGUUUGGGGAUUUCGUCCACGCUUUCUUUUCGUUGACCGUUUUCGCAGGGUUGUCUUUGUUGGAUUCCAACACCGUCAAGUGUUUCUAUCCUGAGUUUGAGUCGGAGCAGAAAAUACUUCUUCAGGUUUUGCCGCCGGUGAUUGGUGUCAUUUCUGGUGGUGUUUUUAUGCUUUUCCCUAAUACCCGCCACGGCAUUGGAUACCCUUCAAGUGAAAGCAGCUAGUGAUCAUAUAUAUAAAUAUAUAUUUAUAUAUAUAUAUAUAUUCGUAUGAUCAUAUUGGAAAAUUUUACAGAUCGCUUUUCUCUUCAGAUUAUAAUUAAAAAAUUUAUUUGGUUGUGUUAAUUGUAGUUAUGGUUUGUUUUGAAAAAAUUUAAAUAAUUUAUAUAGUAUUGAAAAUAUGUAAAAAAAAAAAAUUUACACUACAUACUCAAAACUUUUUUAUUUUUUUA